AUGCUUACAAAAAAUGACAAUAUGAGUUUGUUAGGUUUUGUCCCAGCAUUGGUUGUUCAAUAUUUGGCCAAUUAACAAUAAAUAGCUUAACUACCAGAAAAACAAAAUUUAAGAUCUGUAGUGAUGUUUGCUGAUAUAUCUGGAUUUACGAAUUUGACAGAAACAUUAUCGAAAUUAGGAAAUGAAGGUUCUGAGCUGAUUGCUUUUGCUAUAAAUCGAUAUAUGGAAUUACUAGUAUCAGCAAUAAGUAAGAGUGGAGGAGAUAUUUUUAAGUUUGCUGGGGGUAUGUAAUGAAGUAAUUUUAGAUGCAAUGAUUGUAGUAUGGCCUCCUUCAAUAAAAGAAAAUGUAUUAGAAAACCAUGAAGAAUUAAAAGUAAUAUGUAGAUUAGCUGUACAAUCAGCUUUAGACAUUUAAUCAAAGUUGAAUAAUACUACGAUUUUAGAAGAUAUAAAGCUUUCAGUUAAAAUUGGAUUUGGGAUAGGAGAUAUAAAUAUAAUAUAUGUGGGAGGGGUUUUUGGUAGAAGUGAGUAUUUGGCAACAGGUGAUCCUUUAACAUAGGCAUUUAAGAGUGAACAUCAUGCUACGAGUGGAGGAUAGAUCAUAGUUUCACAGGAAGUUUUUGAAAUGGUUUCUGACUUUUUUGUGUUUUAGAAAUUAUAAGCCGAUUGUAGCUUUUAUAUGGUUGUAAAAUUAAUUAAUAAUAAAGUUUAAUUGAAAGCUGGAGCUUAAUUAAUAAAAAAUAGAUUAAGUGGAAUAAAUAAGUAGUAAAUAAUGACAUUUAUACCAGCAGCAUUAAUACCUUAUAUAGAGAUUGAGUAGGAGAAAUGGAGCAGUGAAUUACGAAGAAUAACGACUUUGUUUAUAAAUUUAGGAAUAGAUUUAAGUGAUGCUGAUUCUAGAUUAUAGCACAUCUAAAAGGUGAUAGAAGUUGUAUAGAAAUGUAUUUACAUAAAUGAAGGAUCUCUUAAUAAAUUAUUAAUGGAUGAUAAAGGUUCAACUUUAAUAGUAGGUUUUGGAUUACCUCCUUUAAAGCAUUAAGAUGAUCCAAUUCGUGCAUUAUUAGCAGCCUAAUUAUUAGUAAAAUAGCUUAGUUUAAUUAAUUGUAAAUGUUAUAUUGGAGUUGCAACUGGAGUAGUAUUUACAGGAGUUGUAGGAACAAGUGGGUCAAGAAGAGAAUAUUCAAUUCUUGGAGAUGCUGUUAAUUUAGCUGCUAGAUUAAUGUAAUUAGCGAUGACAGAAAAUAAAUCUAUAUUAUUAUGUUAAAAAACAGCAGAAGAUUGUGAACGUAAAAUUGAUUGUGAAUUAUUUAAAAUGGUUUAAUUAAAAGGUAAGAGUGGACUUAUUCCUGUUUAUCAUAUUACAUAAUAGAAAUCUAUUUUAAAAAUUCAUUAUUAUCAAAGUAAAAUGGGAUUUAACUAAAAAGGUUUUGUUGGUGAUUAAGAUAAAAUUUAAUAUAUUUUAAAUAUUGUUAAUACAUUUUUAAUCAUGGAUAGAGAUGGUAAAAUUUCUUUAGUUGAUAUGGAUAUAGAGAGAGACUUUAUUUUGUUAAAAGGAAGUUAUGGUAUAGGAAAAACAUUUGUUAUGAAAAUUUUGGAAUAUUAAAUCAAAACCGAUAAUCAAAAGGUUUUGAUUCUAGAAUCAUCAAUUAAUUCAUUUGAAAAAAUAUUUAAAGGAAAUGGAUUUAAAACUAUCAUUAAAUAAAUAUUUGAUAUAGCACUAUCUAAAACUACUUAUAAUCAAAUAGAACUAUUAAUUUCAAUUAGUAAUGGAAAUUAAUUAGUAUAAAAAAUAUUAGAAGAAUUAUUAGAUAUAAAUGAAUGGAUGAAUGAUUAUGUUAAUAACUUUCCAAACUUUCAAUCUUCAUCAAAUACUAAUGAAGAUUAGAUGAUGAAAUCUAUAGGUUAAGCUAUUGUGAAACUAUUUGAAAUCUAUUUUGAAUAAUAAUUACCAGAAAAGAAAAAAAGACUUUAUUCAUAAAUUUUAGAUGAUGAGAUUGAUGAUAUUAACUCAAAUGAUUUAUCAUCUGAUAAAAUUGAUGUACCUCCAAUUAUUAUAGUAUUAGAUGAUAUGUAAUAUUAUGAUCAAUUAUCGUUUUAUGUAAAGUCAAUUAUUAUAUCUAGUUAAUCAAAACAAUAAUCAAAAAAUUUAAUAGAAUUUUGGUUAUUGGAAUUACAAGAGAUUAAUUUUGGGAGAUUCCAAUUAUUAGUAGAAAGGGAAAUUCUAGAAAUCCAAAUAGAAAUUAAGAAUUAAUUUAUGACAGAGGAGUUGAAUCUAUUAUAAACUUAUAUAAUGUUACUCCUAAUGAAGUCAUCAUAAAAGGAAUUAAAAACAUUCAAGAAUAAAAACAAUUAUUAUUGUUAUAUUUUGGAUUUGAAAAUUUUUCUGAUCCUAAAAUUCAUGAAGUUUUGCAUUUGAAAAGUUGUAGAUAGCCCUUACUAUUAAUUCAUUUAGUUAGAACAUUAUUAAAUAAUAAGUAUCUCAUUAAAGAAAACGAUUGUGUUUAUGCUUCUUAACAAUUACAAACAUUAUUUUAGCAUGAAGAAUGGCUCUAGAUUGAAAUUCCAUAAAUUUGCUAAUAAAUAAAUGGUCCAAUUAUUGAUUCUCUAUCUUGUGUUAAUUUAUUGCUUUUAAAAUUUGCAUGUGUAAUAGGAGAUAUUUUUGAUAUUUAAACUUUAUUUAAAAUAAUACCAUUCAAAUAAAUAAAUUAAAAUAAGUUAUUGAUGGCUUUAAAGUAACUUGUUUAAUAGGAUAUUAUCGAAUAUAUGCAUGAUGAUAAUGAGAAUCGAUAUUAUAGGUUUGUGACUCCAUUUAUGAGAGAAUGCUUAUAUUAAAGUAUGACUUAUUCUCAAAGAAGAUCAAUACAUUCUUUGGUUGCUGAAGCCUUAUAAAUUAUACCUUAACCUUAUGAAGAUUAUAAAGAACUUAAAAGAUUAGAAUACCAUUGGAGUAUGGCAGAAUAAAGAAUUAGUAUUAAAAGUUGUAAUACUUUGAUUAAGUUUUCACAUAAAGCAAAGAAAUCUCUAAUUGUGAAAUAGAUUUAAAUAAUAUUAAAAACAGAGAAUAAUGUCAAAGCCCCUUUAAAAAAAGGUUACAUAUACAAAAGAUCUGAUAAAAAAGUAUCAUGGCAAUUUAGAUAUUGUGUAAUUGAUAGUGAAAAUAUGAUGUAAAUAUGUAAUAUAAUUGUAUUUCUUUAGUUUAUAUUUAAAUAGUUAAAUGAAUGAGUAAACAGGGAUAUUGCCAUUAAAAUUAAUUUCGACAAUAAUUCCAAUUUUGGAUAAAUCUGAUGAUUAAUAGUAAUUUCGUUUAAAAGUUGAUGUUAGUAAUUGGGUGAAGAAGGGGAAAGUAAAAGGAAAUAAGAGAGGAUUUUUAUUUGCUUUUGAAAAUGAGGAUUCAUUAGAAGAAUGGACUAUAUUUUUAGAAUUUGUAAAGGCUAAAUCAAUAUAUAAUGAUUUUGUUGAGAAUUUCGGAAGAAUAUAAUUACCAAUAAAUUUAAUAAAUGAAUCUUUCGAUCCUUAAUUAACAAUAUAUUUAUAGGAGAUGUUUAAAGGUUCAAUUAAAAGGUUUAGAUAAUAAAAUGUAACAGAUUAAUUAAGUAAUAAAAAUAGAAAAUCAACACAUUUAAAAUAAUAAUAACUUCAGAUAAUUUAGAAUGUUAGUACUAAUUUUCAUUCACCAAAUAAUAAUUCUAAACGAUUAUCUGUAAGAUUUAGUGCAAUAAGUGAAUAAGAAGAGAAAUCUGAUGACACUCCAUUAAAAGAAAAGAUAAGAAAAUUCUUUUUUGGAUCAUUUGCAGUUUUAGCAUACCAUUUUCUAACUCAUACAUUUGAACCUAAUUAUAUAAUUCUUGGAUAAGAAGGUAGAAAUAUGAGAAGGUUAAAGAAAAGUAGAAAACAUAAAAAUAAUAUAAUGUAGAGAAUACCUAACUUUCCUUCAAUAGUUGAAUUCGAUAUUUAGUGA